AUGAAAUUCAUAUUUCAAGGACUAUAUCCUCUUGAAAAGUUUGGCAAGUUUACUGAACUGGAUGAAACACCAGAGUCUUAUGAGUCAUCCGAGCAAACAUCCUCAGAGCAAACAUCUGCUGAGAAAUCAACUCCAUCCAACAUUGUUAUAGAUGUAUCUGAGGAUGAAGAAACCGAGAAAGAAGACUCACCAACUCCCAAAGUUCAAACUGUCUCAAAACAUGAAAAAGAGUUGAGUGAUGAUCAAGUUGGUGGAGAGAUGAGUAUUGGUGAAGCGAGAAGUGAUUCUCUUGAUGAUCUUGACUUAACUGGUUUUGAUUGCAAUGAUAUUGCAGCUUCUUUGGCAAGCAGUGCUAAUGUUGUGUCUCAUGAAAAUCUUUACACAAUUUUCCACAAUGUCGAUGAUUUUGUUUUGCAAACAACUGAGACAAGGAAAUCGAGCGAGACAUUUAAAAUGCGAACUCCUACUUCAAAGCAAAUGGUGUCGACUUCAAUUCCUAUGGAGAUGGUUAUGGGAUGUUCCCCUCCUGUGCCUGUUUCUCCUACUUCCGAACCGUUUGUGAGGGUGUUUUCUCCAGAAGCUGACCAACCAUUAUCUAAAAGAAGAAGACUUGAUGCAAGACAAUCUGAACUGAUUGCAAUUUUGGUUAGUGGUCUUCUUACCCCACCUAUCACUGCUACUACUACAAGACUCACCACCACAAAGAUGUUUCCUACUGGUCCGAGUUCAACAUUUGAUGUUGGUGGUUCCUCUGCACCGCCUGGUUUCUCAGUUCCUAGAUACAGUCGAGAUGCUACUUCUGAAAGGCUGGUGUUGCACAUGGAUGAAGAACAACUUUUAUCGCCAGAUCCUCGAGGAAAAGGUGUUUCCAUUGAAGAAGGUGGUGCUAGGGAUGACAAUCUUACUCUUGCUGGUCUGCAGAAAGAAAUUUCGGUUCUUAGCUAG